UUCCAUUUUUCUUCGGUUACCAUGUCUUCCAAACCUCUCUCUCUCUUUUGCCUCAUCGCCCAUCGGCCUCCUCUCCUUGUUCCGACAUUCUCUGGUCGUUUUGAUGGAACAUCUUUUAUGAUCGGUCUUCCUGACUUAUCCUUACAUAGCAUUACAUUGUUUUGGAACCGAUCAAAUUAAAAAAUAAAAAUCUAAUAAAGCGGAUUUCUUUUCGUUGGUUCGUUGGAAUUUUCUAGUAGUCGUGGAAUUUCAGGAUCCAGGCGGCAGCAGUUGUCUUCCUUGAGACUCUGUCAAACGAGCUUAUCAUAUUAAGGUUUUGAUAGUAUCUCUUGAAGAUCAGUUCCGUCUCUAGAGCUUUGUUUCGCAUGUUCUCAUAACAGGAAAUGUUUUUCUGGACCCGUCCAGCAAUUGUGUUGCUGUGAGUCCUAAGGGAGGAUUCUCAAAGGUUGUUUUACUAGAAACUCUUCAGACACAACAGAAAAAGGGAAGUUUAUUUUUCUUCAAGCAAAAUGUUGGGAGGCAACAAUGGUAAUCUUUUGCUUCCUGCUUUCCUGGAUGAGAAUCGUUUCCAGUAUCAGACUAAUGCAUCAAAUCAGCUGCAGUUAUGUGUCAGCCCACCAGCUGGAUGUAAUGUUGAUCCUGUAAAUUUUUUUGGAAAUGAGCAUAUUACUCCUCUCGUUCGGCCAAAUAAACGCGGCAGAGAAACCGAAGAUAUUUCAAGGCAGCAAAAACUUCAGACAUCCUUGAAUUAUUAUGGCUGUCAGGAUGAAGCCGAUCGCUCAGCAAGCAUUCUGAACCCAAACCCAGUAUCAACAGGAUUAAGGCUAUCAUACGAUGAUGAUGAGCGUAACUCAUCUGUCACUUCUGCAAGUGGAAGUAUGACGGCUGCACCUUCAAUCAUCUUGUCCCUUGGGGAUAAUAUCAAGACUGCGCUUGAUCGACAGAAGGAAGAGUUUGACCAUUUUAUCAAAAUUCAGGAGGAACAGUUGACAAAGGGGGUGAGGGACAUGGAGAAGAGACACAAGGCUUCUUUCCUUGCUGCUAUGGAGAAAGGUGUCAGCAAAAAGCUUCGCGAGAAAGACAUCGAAAUAGAGAACAUGAACUGUAAGAACAGGGAAGUUGCAGAGAGGAUAAGGCGAGUUGCCAUGGAAGCCCAGAACUGGCACUAUAGAGCAAAGUACAAUGAGUCAAUUGUUAGUGUCCUGAAGAACAACCUCCAGCAGGCAAUUUCACAGGGUGCUGAACAAGGUAAGGAAGGAUUUGGAGACAGUGAAGUCGAUGAUGCCACCUCAUAUAUCGACCCAAACAACUACCCGGGCAUUCCAGGUGGACCUGCCAAAUCAUUUCUCAGGAAUAACCUAGGCUUGGGACACAUUUGUAGAGCAUGCAACACAAAGGAGGUCUCCAUCUUGUUGAUGCCUUGUCGGCACCUAUGUUUAUGCAAGGAGUGUGAGGGGUCAAUUAGUGUUUGUCCUGUAUGCCAGUUUAUCAAAACUGCUGGCGUUGAAGUAUAUAUGUCCUAAGUUAUUAAGCAUAUUACCACACAAAUGAAAAAUUAUUUACUCGUUUCAUAUA